AUGGAGUCUGAGCUUUUACUUCAGACCUCUUGGCCAACUCAAUCUUAUUUUCAUUCAAAUCUUGAUCAUUAUGAUCCAAACAUGGAUUUUUAUGAGAGUUAUUACCAUGAAUUUUCUUCUUCAAUCAAUAGCUCCCCAGAAAACUCAUUGAUUUCAUCAGAGCCAUAUGUCAAAUCUCCAUUGUUGGGUUAUGAUCAGAUACAAAACCCUUCAAUGGUUGACAACAUCAACACACUUGAUGAUGUGUGCCAAUGGUUAUGUGAUGAGAAUCAAGAAAUAGAAGAGAUUCAAUCAGAAAAGUCUACUGAAACUGAAAGUGUUCAUGUAUGGAGUCCAGACCUUUCCAUGACAUCAGAUGAUGUCAUGGAAACAAGACUGGAGGAUCUACUGAAGGCCUAUGCAGAUGCUAUGACAAUGGGACAAACAGAGCUUGUGAAAGUGAUUGUCAGAUGUAUAAGUGAAAAAAUAAGCCCCAUAGGUCCAAUCCUUGAACGCAUAGCCUACAAUUUGUUUAAAAGUGCAGAAAAUCAAGGAGAUGAGUACCUUAAAGAAGAACUCAUGGGAAACUUCAAGUCAGCAUUCAGAGCCUUCUAUGAUAUCUUUCCUUAUGGGAGGUUUGCCCAUUUCACAGCAAAUUCAGUCAUCCUCAAAGCUGUUCAAUCCAAUGUAGAAUCUGUUCACAUAGUUGACUUUGACUUGGGUGAAGGAACUCAAUGGCCUCCAGUGAUAGAAGCUGUAGCACAACAAAGAAAAUCAUUGACUUUGACCAUUACAAGUGUCAAACUAGAAGAACAUGACUUCAAUUUUAAAGACACAAAGAGGCAGCUAUCUAACUAUGCAAGAGAUGUUGGUGUAAAGUUGAAGGUAGAAGAAGUCGAAUUGGGACAAUUGGUAAAAGUAAUGGAGGGAAAAUUAGACACAGAAUUUUUGGCCUUCAACUGUAUGAUUGGCCUUCCACAUAUGGUAAGCACAAGGGAAAGAACUCAAGCUAUGGGAUUCCUAAAAUUAGCCAAAGGGAUAUUAACAAACAGCAAAGGGAUCAUAACAUUUGGUGAUGGCGAAAAUGGUGGCAAAAUGGUAAAUUCAUCAAACUAUACUUCAUUCUUUGAUGGGAAUUUGUCACACUACAAAGCUUUAUAUGAAUCAAUGGAAUGGGGGAUUCCAAGUUACCUCACUGAAGCAAGGAUAGCUUUGGAGACUCUUUUUAUUGCACCUUCUAUAUCAUCUUUGUCUUGGUUCCAAAAGUGGGAAGAAGGACAAGAAGAAGUUUUUUCUUUGAAGGGUAUUGGGUUAAAAGGACAGUUGAUGAACAUAGAAAGCUGGAAUGAAGCCAGGGAAUUGGUGAAUGAAAGAGAAAGUCCUUAUGGAAUCGGAAUUGGAGGAGACAAUGGGAAUGAAAUGGUGUUGGAGUGGAGAGGAACUCCAUUAGUGAAAGUUUCUGCUUGGGUGUAA